AAAUUUCUUCCCUCCUUCUCCGUCAAUUCAGUCCUUCGACAUCGUGAAGCAUGAGCAACUAUAAAUUUGAGAAGCUCAAACCCGCUGCUGAGGAGGUUGAGCACGUGGUGGCGCUAAUGCUUCUCCUAUGAAGGUCAAAGACGGUGUUGUGAUUGUCCUAAAGACAGUAACGUUGGGAAGUAAGUUGGAUUAGUGAUGGUGAUGUGUAAUCGGUGGUUAGGAAGAACAAGGGAUCGUUACUGUUACAACGGUGAGUUUCUGAUCCGAUGGAUGACGAGUAGCAGGAGGGUCCAAGAUAGGAGCAAGAAGAAGAGGGUUCACGACCUUGAAGUUGUAACUGAGAAAUGGAAGAUAGUCUCCAAAAUCAUUUACUUAAUGGAGCUUUUGAAGCAAGAACCCGAAAUGGUUAUUCCUGUUCGCUCCCUAGAGAAUCACCGCAGGCAAAUCAACCUCCCUAGGCCCCACCGAAUCUCUGAUUUCCUCCGCAAAACCCCCAAACUCUUUGAACUCUACAAGGACCAAAAGGGGGUCCUAUGGUGUGGCAUGACCCCAAAAGCUGAGGACUUGAUGGAACAACAACAAAGGGUCAUCGAGGACCAUGCUGACAAGGCUGCAGAAUACGUUACAAGGUUUCUCAUGAUGUCAGUGGAGAAACGCCUUCCGUUGGAGAAGAUUGCUCACUUUAGAAGAGAUUUUGGGUUGUCCUUGGAUUUUAGAGUCCAUUGGGUGCACAAGUAUCCUCAACAUUUUAAGGUGGUGAAAACACUUGAUGGGAUUGAGUUUUUGGAGCUUGUGUCUUGGAAUCCUGAAUGGGCAAUUACUGAGUUGGAGAAAAAGGCGGUGAGAGGAGCUGCUGGAAGUGGAAGUGAAAGUGAAUUCCCUGGCAUGCUUUCACUUCCAUUCCCUUUGAAGUUUCCUUCAAAUUAUAAGAGGGUAUAUCGGUACUAUGCUGAAAAGAUUCAGCAUUUUCAGGAGAUGUCUUAUUUGUCUCCCUAUGCAGAUGCCCGUGGACUUAAGGCUGGUUCUUUGGAGUUUGAUAAAAGGGCUGUUGCUGUUAUGCAUGAAUUGCUUAAUUUCACUAUUGAGAAGAGGUUGGUCACUGAUCACCUUACUCACUUUCGUUGGGAGCUUGUGAUGCCUCAGAAAUUGAUGAGGCUUCUAUUGAAGCAUUGUGGGAUCUUCUAUGUGUCAGAGAGGGGGAAGAGGUUUAGCGUGUUUUUGACUGAGGCUUAUGAGGGUUCUGAGCUCAUUGAGAAAUGUCCCUUGGUGCUGUGGAAGGAGAAGGUUCUAGGGCUUGUGGGUUACAGAGGGAGGAAGAAGAAGUUGGAGGUUUCUAGUGAGGGGUCUGAUGCGGAAUGUUUUGAUGAUUUGGUUUCGGACCAGUGUGAUUCUGAAUUGAGGGAGUUGCAUGUGAAGAUUGAUCAAACUGGUACCUUGGACUAUGAGGAUCCUUUACUUGGGGAUGAUCUUGAGAUGGAUGUUGGAGAGAUUGCCCAAACUUAUCGAAAAUUUGAAAACUCAUGAGUUUGGUGCCUCAGGAGCUCAGCUACAGACCAAGUGUAAUUUUCUACUGAAUAGUGAGCGCUUAUAUGGGCAAGUUGGAAAGAUAAAACAGACUGAAGAGAUCUUCUUGGAGAUGCUUGAUGUGGAAUGUGGUCAAGAUCAAGUAGGGUGCAUGAUGCUAUUUCAUCUAAUAUAUUUGUUAUGUGUGCUGCAAGCUCAGUCUUUAUUUGUUUACGUUGUUCUGUAGCUUUUUCUUGAUGGAAUUCAUUUGUUAGCCAUAUUUAGAGUGUGUUUGGUGUGCCCUAGGUCCUUGGGCCAGUCUUGUGGGAUCAGUUUUGCCGGUUUUGUUACGUGUGAGCAGCUUUGUGGUAAUCUGCUAGCUAUGCUAUUAUUUGAGAAUUAGACUUUAUUUUUAAGCUGUGUACGCAUGGAAUUGUGAAAAAUCAUAUGAAUAUGUUGUUUUCAGAAAAUGUGGAAGUGACAACCAUUUUAACUUGUGGUUAUUUACAUAUGGUAGAUAAUUUUGUGUAACUCUUUUCUAGGAAAAUGUCUGUAGGCUGAGAAUUUUAUACAGAGUCUUAAAGAAAACUUGGAGCUUGACACCGCUGCUUACAAUACCUUCAUCAAAGUCAUGCUUGAAGCAAAUCAAUAUUAAGUAUCUUGCAUGAACAGGAUAGAUAUAAUGAAACAGGAGGUUUGCAGGCAAAUUGAAUUUUGCGUCCAGUAUAUUUUAUUUAAAAAAUUCCUCUGGUGUUGUUCCAUCAGUUGAAACAUCCAGCACAAUGAUAAGGUUAUAGUUUUGAUAGGUUAUUUGUUAUGUAAUAUCAAUUUCAUAUCUAUCUUUUGGUUACUGUUUUUAAGACAAUGUUAAACUGAUGAUACAGUAGUGUCUAUUAACAAGAUCGAAAGUUGGAUAGAGCAGUGGAGAUAGUCAACAAAGCUAGCUCACUUGGUGUUUAGCUGGAUGAAAAAUCAUACACGAAUUUGAGUGGCUACUAGGGGAAAACUGAUAUUGUGUCUUUUUACCUUAACCUAGAUGAACUGUUAUAAUUAUAAUUCAACAUUGUAUCCGGCUGGAAUUCAUAUGCCAAUUUUUCUUCAUUAGUAUUUGAUAUGAAUGUAUUUUUCGAUAUGACAUGAGAUUAGCACAUCGAUAUUAUCAAAUCUGUAUGAUUAUUAAUUUGUUUUCUUUCUCAUGCGCAGUUUUCCU